AUGUGGAGACGAUGCAACCUUAUGGUUUGUUCGUGGAUCUUCAAGGCGGUGGACUCUUCGAUUGCGCAGAGCGUCAUUCAUCUGGAGAAGGCUAGCGAUGUGUGGAAUGAUCUCAGGAGAAGAUUCGCACAGUGCGAUGCUCAGAGGAUCUCAAUUCUGCAAAAUGAGAUCUACAAUUUGAAACAAGGUAGUUUAACUGUUAGUGAAUACUACACUAGAUGCAGGACAAUGUGGGAAGAGAUGAAUGCUAUGAGACCACUUCCCGCCUAUCUAUGCACCGGCUGCGCAUGCAAUCUUGCAGAUAAGAUCAGGAAGGAACGAGACAUAGAUCAGGUGAUCCGCUUCCUUCAAGGUCUAAACGAUGAUUACAAUGCAUUGAAAUCCAAUGUGUUGAUUCUAGAUCCCUUGCCGGAAGUCUACAAAAUUUAUGUCAUGGCAGAGACGGUAGAGAGGCAGAUCAACAUGACUAAUCUACUCACAGGGAAUCUUGAGAUUAGUCAGGCCAAUGCCAUUCGAAACAUUCAAACCUCCACAGAGGAAGUAGUAGUUGCUUUCAAUCCUUACAAUGGUAAGAAGUAUAUGAACAAUGGAGUUAACAAGACUAAGUGCACGUUCUGUGGCUUGACUGGCCAUACGAUCGAAAAAUGCUACAAGAAACACGGCUAUCCCCCGGGAUGGGUGCCGGGCUACAAAUCUAAGGCUAAGCAGCAGAUUACAGCACUAGUGGUGAAUGGUACAAAUGAUUUAGGAGUUUCUGUAGAUCAGUUUCAAAAAUUGAUGGCUGCCAUUCAAAAUCAGAUGGGACAUUUGUCAAGCUCAAGUGCCACAGCAGCUGUCUCCCUUGUUCCAAGGUUUGAUCCAGAUCAGAAUGAAGGCAAGUUUCUUACCUCUCAUAUUAAUUCUAUUUCUCUAUGCAAUUCUUCAUGGAUUCUAGACUCCGGGGCUACGGAUCACAUCACUUGUUCUACUCAAUUUUUUCAUGAAUAUCGUGCUAUUGAGGGGGAUGAAGUGAGUCUGCCUACAGGAGAAAGAAUAGCUAUCAAACACAGAGGGAACAUACAUAUUGGAGAAGGCUUAUGGUUGAAAGAUGCCAUGCACAUUCCAUAA